AUGGAAAAUUUAGCCUCAGACCUGAUUUCUUUAAAGCCAGUAUAUAAUUUAAUAGAGUUGAAAUUAGAAGAAUAUGAAGAUAAUGAAUUAGUUCUUGAUACAGUUCAUGAUUUGAUGCAAUUUUUUGAACAAUCAAACUGCGUAUAUCAUCAAGUACCUAAUAAAAAAGAUCUUAGAACAUGUUAUGAAAAAGUCAGAUUCAAAAGGUUUUUUGAAAGACAUUUUCAAAUAAGGUCAUUAGAAAAAUCAGAACUUGAAUUAUUUUUAAAGGCACAAUUAAUAGCACUUGAAAUCACAAAUGAUAAAAUUGAAGUUCAUAAAAAACAUAAUUACAGAUAUUGUUAUAAUCAUUCUUUUCCUCUUUGCAAACCUGUGUUUUUAAAACUUUAUGGAAUAAAUGACUAUUAUCUUUUUGCAAUACAAGAACAUUUACAAAAUGAAGAUAUAAUAGAAAGAACUCACAGAAACACUGGUCGUGCUCCUAUAAUGAAAGACAAAGUAUUUCUUGAUUAUAAACAAUAUGGUAUUAUUAAUAGAUUAUCCUCUCCAAUGAAACAUAAAAAUGAAUCUGAGCCAUUUAUUUAUUUACCUGUUGGAAGUACUUAUAUCUCGAUUUAUAAUGAAUUUAAAAAACAUUUUGAUAGCAAAGAUAAAAAAGAUAAAAAAAUCAUUUCUUAUUUUACUUUUAGAAGAUUUUGA